CAAAAAAAAAACAAAAAAAAUUACAUUAGUUCCACUCCAUUCUGUUUAUUUUCUGCAAGCCAAUUUUAUUCCAGUCCAAUUCCAAUAUUACAAUCUUCUACAGGUGUCACAAGGGAAAUUGAAUUUGCAGUUUGUAACUGAUGAUUGUUAAACUAGGACUACUAUUGCGAAAUUAUAAUACAUUUCUACGGAAAUUCACUACAACCACAUUUCCAUUUAAAAUGUCGCCUGACAACAGUGCUGGGGUUCCUUUGAGAAAAGUUAUAUCAGCUCUUGAAGAAUUUGCACCUAAAGAAUUAUCUGAAAGUUGGGACAACACUGGACUAUUAGUGGAACCGUACACACCGAGAAACGUGUCGAAGAUAUUGCUUACAAAUGAUUUAACAGAGAAAGUGGCUCUUGAAGCUGAAAGUAAUGGCUGUGAAAUGAUCAUAUCCUAUCAUCCUCCUAUAUUUGCGCCUUUGAAGUCAGUUGUCCAGAGAUCUUGGAAGGAACGUGUCGUAGCUCUGUUGUUAGAGAAGCGCAUAUCUCUUUAUUCCCCUCAUACUAGCUGGGACUGUGUAAAGGGAGGAGUUAACGAUUGGUUAGCUUCCGCUUUUUCUAUCGUCGAUUCUGCCCCUAUUGUACCAGGAACAGAUCCUAGCACUGGGGCUGGAAGAAUCUUGAAUCUUAAAAAUGGCAUUCCGCUGUCUGAUGUCGUUUCGAAUGUUAAACAACUUACUGGCCUUGGUCAUGUACGCAUCGCAAUCGGCAAAAAUGGAACGAUGCAGGAUGUCAUAUCAAAGAUAGCGCUGUGUGCGGGCUCUGGAGGUUCUGUCUUAAAAGGUGUCGCCGCUGACGUGUAUUUAACAGGUGAAAUGCUUCAUCACGAUGUCUUAGAUGCAGCUCAAAAAGGUAUAUCUGUAAUUUUAACAAAUCAUUCCGAUUCAGAAAGAGGUUUCUUACGACCGUUUUCAAUUAACCUUCAGAAUAGACUAGAUAAUCAAGUGCAAGUCAUGGUGAGCAAUGUCGAUAAAGACCCUUUAAUAACCGUGUAAAUCAGUUAUUGUAAGUUGAAAUAAAAAUACAUGAUUUGAUGAUU